CGGCGCCCCUUGGCACCCAGCCACUCUCUCCCCAUUGUGGGAGGCAUCGACACUCUGCCAGGGACCUGGCCCUGGAUAGUCAGCAUCCGGACCCCGUUCAAGUCUGGCUACCAACACACCUGUGGAGGGUCGCUCAUUGGCGCCAAGUGGAUCCUCACGGCAGCCCACUGCUUCAAGGACACCAGGCAUCUGACCAAUUGGGAACUGGUGCUUGGCACAAGCAAACUGUCUCACCCAGGUCCCGAUGCAGAGGUCCGCUUCCCCAAGAGGGUGGUGCAGCAUGAGAACUACCAACCUCGCCAGCAGAUCAAUGACAUUGCCCUGGUGGAGUUGGAUGACCCCGUCAAGUGCAGCGACUAUAUCCAGCCCGCCUGUUUGCCGGACAGCUCGGUGGACGUCUCCAGCAUGGUCCAUUGCUACAUUGCCGGGUGGGGCUACACACGGGAGAAAGACAAGGCUCCAUCAGAUGUCUUGAAGGAGGCCAAGGUGGACCUGGUACCCACAGAGAAAUGCAACAGCAGCAACUGGUACUACGGAAGCAUCUCCAUCAGCAACCUGUGUGCCGGAUUUGAAGGAGGAGGAAUUGACACUUGCCAGGGUGACAGCGGAGGGCCUCUGAUGUGUCGGGAAAACCGGACUGAACGCUACUGGAUCGUGGGAGUGACCGCCUGGGGACUGGGCUGUGCCAGGGCCCAGAAGCCUGGGGUCUAUACUUCAACCCAGAACUUCUAUGACUGGAUCCUAGGCUACACAAAUGAAAAGACCACCCACGAGAUGGUCGCCCCUGGGCCACAGACUGAGAAUAUGACCCGCUCUUUGAUGACCACUUCAACCACCACCACCACGGAAGCUACCACGGAAGCCACCACGGAAGCCACCACGGAAGCCACAACGGAAGCCACCACCGAAGCCACCACUGAAGCCACCACCGAAGCUACCACCGAAGCCACCACCGAAGCCACCACCGAAGCCACCACUGAAACCAGUACCACCACCACCCUCACCACGACCCAAGCUCCUCAGCCGCAAGUCCCACGUCCCAAGCGCAAGCGACCUUCCAAGACUAUCACGCUGGGCUCCUACUAUGGCUACAGUGGGGGUUCAAACUGGCCCAAGAAUUGGCCUUUCAAGCGCCCACACUCUCAGACCUGA